AUGGGUCAAAUACGUGGACACAGUGCAAUUUCUGUUCCGUUACGUCUUUCAUCCACAUUUCCUUUACCGAUUCAAGACCAAAUAGCCACACGCAUUGAAGGAACACAUCUAUCUAUCUAUCUAUCUAUCUAUCUAUCUAUCUAUCUAUCUAUCUAUCUAUCUAUCGCAGUCUAUUCAUAUCUAUCUAUCUAUCUAUCUCAGUCUGUUGUUAUAACUCUCUCACUGUUCAUAUCUGUCUAUCUAUCUAUCUAUCUAUCUAUCUAUCUAUCUAUCUAUCUAUCGCAGUCUAUUCAUAUCUAUCUAUCUAUCUAUUUCAAUCUGUUGUUAUAUCUAUCUAUAUAUCUAUCUCAAUUUGUUAUAACUCUCUCACUGUUCAUAUCUAUCUAUCUAUCUAUCUAUCUAUCUAUCUAUCUAUCUAUCUACUUCAGUCAGGUCAUAUCUAUCUAUCUAUCUAUCUAUAACAACGAAUGUUCGAACGUACGUAUAUGUAUAAUUAUUAAUAUCUAUCAUUCUAUCUAUCUUUCUAUCUAUCUAUCUAUCUAUCUAUCUAUGUAUUUUCAUUUUUUCCAUUUUUCUUAUUUUUUUUCCUUUCCUUUUUUUUUUAAUUUAUUUUACCGUCGCUUUUCUUUAUUUUUUCUUUCCCUCUUUCUUUCUGUUUUUCUGAUUUUUUUCUUUCUUUUUCUUUUUCCUUCUUUAUUUGAAGUUUAUUGA